AAAUUUAAUCCCAAUAACCAAAUGACAGAAUUUCUAAUCUCCUCCUCAUGAUGCAUCCCCCCCUCAUCCUCCUCCUCCUCCUCCUCCCCUCCCUCUUCCUCCUCCCCUUCUCAGCCGCCGACGUCGGAACAGCCGCCUCUUAUACCCCGCCGUACCUCCCAACAGCUUGCUACGGCGACAACCGGUCGCCGUUACCCGCCGACGCAGCUUUCGCAGCCGCCGGAACCGGUAUAUGGGACAACGGUGCAUCGUGCGGCCGUAGGUAUGUUGUGCGUUGCCUGAGCUCUAGUACUCCGGCGGCUUGCAUCAGCGACGCCACCGUGGUGGUUACCGUUGUCGAUGAGGCCGACGGGCUGGGGUCGCGCCAGUCGACGGAGAGGACCUCGAUGGCGCUUUCGCUGGCCGCGUAUGAGCAGAUUGCGACGCUGAAUGCGCCGGCGAUUAAUAUUGAAUUCGCAAUGUUGUGACUGCGCGCAACAAAUGUCGG